AAAAAAAAAGCACGCGAAGAAGGCUAAACAUAACCCCAAAACAUAAGAACCAACAACUACCAUCAUGUCGUCGACGGAGUUGUACGUGAAGGAUGCUCGUGUGUGGAUUCCACAUCCGGAAACAGUUUGGGAAGGUGCGGUGGUAGCCGUAGACUAUAAACAGGACGACAAACAGCUCAAGCUAGUCACCGAUCGUGGAGUAGAGCACACGGUACAGCUUCAAAGUGCAGCCGAUCUUCCUCCCCUACGAAACCCGGCCAUCCUGAUCGGACAGAAUGAUCUCACCGCACUGUCCUACCUGCACGAGCCGGAUGUGCUGUACAAUCUGGAGGUACGGUUCUGUGACCGGCAGGCCAUCUACACGUACUGUGGCAUCGUUCUGGUUGCCAUUAACCCUUACUCAGAGCUACCGCUGUAUGGAGCCGAUCUUAUACGAGCCUACCGGGGACACGCGAUGGGUGAACUGGAGCCACACAUCUUCGCCGUAUCCGAGGAAGCAUACGCUAAGCUAGAGCGUGAAAAGUGUGACAUCAGCAUCAUCGUGAGCGGUGAAUCGGGUGCCGGUAAAACGGUUUCCGCCAAAUAUGCGAUGCGAUACUUUGCCGCCGUCGGUGGCAGCGAAUCGGAAACGCAGAUCGAGAAAAAGGUUCUCGCCAGCAGUCCCAUCAUGGAAGCGAUCGGUAAUGCAAAAACGACCCGGAACGACAACAGUUCCCGGUUCGGAAAGUUCACGAAGCUACUGUUUCUAAACAACCACUCGAUGGCACUGAGCGGUGGUACGAUGCAGACGUAUCUGUUGGAGAAAUCACGCGUCGUGUUUCAAGCGCCGGGCGAACGGAAUUAUCACAUCUUCUAUCAGCUGUGCGCGGGACGUGAUCAAUGGCCCGAGCUGAUGCUGGAUCAUCAGGAUAAGUUUCACUUUUUGAACCAGGGAGAAUCGCCCAACAUCAAUAAGCUGUCGGAUAAGGAUCAGUUUGAGGAUACACUCACGGCGCUCAAAACGCUCGGGUUUGAUGAUGGCGAGAUUGGGGAUAUAAUGAAGGUGAUCGCCUCGGUACUGCACCUCGGUAACGUGGUGUUCAACCACAGACAGAAGAGUCAAUCGCAGGAAGUGGACAGCGAGGCGUGUUCGAUUGCUAGUAAUGAUCUACACCUAAACGUUGCCUGUGACAUACUGCAGCUGGAUCGGGCUGAGUUGCGAAAGUGGCUCGUAACGAGACAGAUCGAGUCGAUGAACGAUAGUGUGCUGAUUCCGAUGAACAAACAGACGGCCGAAGCUACGCGCGAUGCACUGGCCAAGCACAUCUAUGCGGAAUUGUUUCAGCAUAUCGUGCAGAAGAUAAACCGAAAUUUAGCUGGUGGCAAGAAGCAGAACUGCUGCUUCAUAGGCGUUCUCGACAUCUACGGCUUUGAAACGUUCGAUAUUAACUCGUUCGAGCAGUUCUGCAUUAAUUACGCCAACGAGAAGCUACAGCAACAGUUUAAUCAGCACGUGUUCAAGCUGGAACAGGAACAGUACCUGCGGGAAGGUAUCGAGUGGAAGAUGAUCGACUUCUAUGACAACCAACCGUGCAUUGAUCUGAUCGAGUCGAAGCUUGGUAUUUUGGAUCUGCUAGAUGAGGAGUGCCGAAUGCCACGGGGCAGUGACGAGUCGUGGGUUGGCAAGUUGAUGGAAAAGUGCAGCAAGUAUAAACAUUUUGAUCGGCCCCGGUUCGGUACGAGUGCGUUCCUGAUCAAACACUUUUCCGAUACGGUGCAGUACGAAUCGCGUGGCUUUUUGGAGAAGAACCGUGAUACCGUGUCUCGGGAGCUUGUUAGCGUACUAAAAGCGUCCGGGAUGCGACUGUGCCAGCGUUUGAUGCUCGCGCAGGAGGAAGGUCAUUCGGAAGCGGACGCCAAGUCACAGGCCGCCGGUGUUAAGAUUAUGGUUAGUGCGGCAAGAAGUCAGUCGUCGGAGAAGAAGAAAAAGCCAAUGACACAGAAACAGCAAAGGAAAACGGUCGGAUCUCAAUUUCGCGAGAGUUUAACUCAGCUGAUAACCACGCUACACAACACGACGCCUCACUACGUGCGCUGUAUCAAGCCAAACGAUGACAAGGCACCGUUCAAAUGGGAAGCACCGAAAAUCGUACAACAGCUGCGCGCUUGUGGGGUGCUGGAAACGGUACGAAUAUCCGCCGCCGGUUUCCCAUCGCGCUGGAAGUAUGAGGACUUUUACGAACGCUACCGGUUACUCUGCAAACGAAUGCAGAUCGUCGACUGGCACGUGAAGGCAACUUGUACAAACAUUGUGCGCAACUGGCUGCACGAUCCGGAUAAGUAUCGGCUGGGCAACACACAGCUCUUCUUCCGUGCUGGACAGGUCGCUUACUUGGAGCAGGUUCGUAGCGAUACGAGAAAGAAGCACAUCAUCGUGGUACAAUCGCUGAUUCGGCGUUUCAUCUGCCGGAGACGGUAUCUGAGGCUGAAGCAAACCGCGCUUGGAUUGCAGCGGCACGCUCGUGGCAUGUUGGCAAGAAAACGCGCUGAUAAUCUCCGGAAGAAUCGUGCCGCCAUCAAAAUUCAACGCUACACACGCGGUUGGUUGCAGCGCAAAAAGUACGUACAGAUACGUAAGGCCGUUUUGGGUCUGCAAACGCGUGCCCGUGGCUACAUGGCACGGCGCAAGUUUCACGAAGUGUUGGACAACUAUAAAGCCACCCAGAUUCAGCGUUUCUGUCGCGGAUAUCUGGCCCGUCGUCGAUACCGGGCUCGUUUGGCGAACAUUAUUAAAUGUCAGGCCGCCAUACGACGGUUCCUGGCGCGGCGUGCUUUCAAGAAGCUAAAGGCAGAGGCACGCACCGUAGCUCACAUUCAGAAAAUGUACAAGGGUCUCGAGAACAAGAUCAUUGAGCUGCAGCAACGACAUGACGUACUGUCGAAGGAAAAUGCCGGCCUGAAAAAGCAAAACUUAGAGGUGGUGGAGAUGCGCCAAAAGCUCGAAGGCAUGAAACGGUUGGAGAACGAAUUGAAACUAUUACAGCUACAGUUGAUACAAAAAGACGCGAAGCUAAUACUCUCGAUAAAACAGUUAGAAGGCGAACGAGACGAAAAGAUGCAACUGCUGGAAGAGAAACAGCGCGAAGAGGAAGAUCGUCAGCGGGAACGGGAAGCGUUUGAGCAGGAGCUGGCUAAAGUUCGACGCGAGGUAACAGAGAUCAGUGCCGUCACGCAGAUCGAGCGUGCCCGGUUGGUGUCGCAGGCAGACACCGAAGAGAUACACGCCGCCUACCAGCGCACGGUGAAGGAUAAAGAUGCGCUGGAAAAUGAAAACGUGGCCCUGCGGCAAGAAGUUCGUCGGCUGCAGCGCGUUAUGGCGGAUUCGCAUGAGCUGAAAACUCAUUCACGUUCCGUCAGCAAUGCGUCCAGCACGAACGAAGAAGACUAUGGGUACACAUCCGGACGGAACACGCUCGACAUACGGCGGGCAUCGCCCCAUCCGUACGAAGGUGAUGUCGGUAGUAGCCUCGCAAGUGUCGCUAAUGGCGGGAGCCUUGUUCGGGGGGCUCAGCGCAGCGGCAGUGGUUCUGUUAGUAGUAAUUAUAGCGUUAGUAGUACAAUUGUCGCUAGUCAUGGUGAGCGGAAGGAUGAGAAAAAGCAUCCUUUCGUUGAUUACGAACGGGUGUAUCGAACACCGCCCGAUUCAAUCGGUAUGCUGAAAGAACCGUCGGAUUCGACUGUAGGAGAAUCACCGGAAAAAGACCAAACGGCCAUCAUAUUACGCAUGCGAAAACUAUUCGAGGAAGAAAAGUCCAAGAGCGAUCAACUGCGUAAAGAGCUAGCCCGGCUAAAGAAAUCUUCCACCUUCAGCACGGAAGACUCAAUCCGUGCAUCAGAGCUGGAGGUCGAGAAUGAGAAGUUACGGCAAGAUUAUAAUCUACUCCGCAACAGCAUCAAGCGUGGCGUAGAAUCGCGCGAAAUGGACGCACAAUACGGUGCGCUGCAAGAGGAACUGAAGCGCCGCCGUGAAGAGUGUAUCUCACUGAAGGCUGUGCUAGCCCAGCAGAGUCAAUCGUUGCGUUCCCUCGGCCAAACAGUAAACGGUGAAACUAGUCUCCGAAUACACGACGAAGGUGAACUAAUGGAAGCGUUCCAGGCGCAAAAAUUAGUCAACCGACAGCUCGAAUCGGAGCUGCGUGCUAUAACGGAUGCGAACAACGAAACGCUGGUGGAAAACAAUCGCAUUAUCGAUGGACUAAAGUCAGAAAACGGCGAGCUGCAGACGAUCUUACAGCAACGGGUAGAGCAGACCGGGGACGAGGCUGAUCUGGAGACGCUGCGUCAAAACGAACAGUAUCUGCGGCAUGAGCUGAAGAAAUCGACCGCAGCGUAUGUGGAGCUACAGGAACAGUUGAAUGAGUUGCUGGCCAAGAACAACGAGCUGUUGAAGAAGAACAACAUCUUGUCGAAUCGAUUGCGAGAUCAUGGUUUGAACGAUUCCAUUCUGAUGAACGAAGAGUUCCACAGUAUGGUGGCAGUUGCGAAGAAGCAAACGCAAUCGUUCCAGGGCAUUCUUAAGUACCAGCAGAAGGAUGAAAGUAAGAUUUUGCAACGGUUAGUAACGGAUCUGCAGCCUCGAGUGGCGGUGACACUUGCUCCGAGUUUACCGGCGUACGUAGUGUUUAUGUGUGUCCGGUACACGGAUCUAGUCAAUACGGAUCAGCUGAUAAAGUCGUUGUUGACGUGCUUCGUGCAGAUGCUGAAGCGUCGCUACCGUGGAGCGAACUCGGUGGAAGUGCGAGUCAUGUGGCUGGCAAAUACGCUCACCCUGCACAACCUAAUGAAGCAGUUUGGUGGUUACGAAGAAUACAAAAAAUUCAACACCGACGUACAGAACGCGCAGCAACUGAAAAACUUCGAUUUGGCCGAGUACCGUCAGGUUAUCCACGAAACGAUCGUGUCGAUGUACAGCGUACUGAUACGGCAGAUACAGAAUAGCCUGAAGCCGUACAUUGUGCCCGCCAUUUUGCAUCACGACGAAACGGCACGAGGCAAGAGUCGUCGUACGAUGUCACUUGACAUCUCACCGGAGCAGGGCCGUUCCGAACCGGAACUGCUCGUACAGCAGCUUGACUGUCUGUACAAUCAUUUGAGCAGCUUCGGGCUGGAAGGAUGCUACAUUGAGCAGAUCUUUACGCAGUUGAUGUACUACAUCUGUGCCGUGUCGGUGAACAAUUUGAUGUUGCGCGGCGAUCUCUGCAUGUGGAAGACGGGCAUGAAGCUGCGGUACAAUAUGGGCUGUCUGGAGGGAUGGGUGCGCACGAUGAAGAUGGCCCCGGAUGUGAUGAAACCGUUCCUGCCGCUUAACCAGAUCUCAUCCAUACUGCAGGCGCGUAAAACGGAGGAGGACGUUCAUACACUGCUCGAGCUGAGUACGGCACUGUCGACGGCGCAGGUUUUGAAGAUUAUUAAAUCCUACAAGACGGAUGAUUGUGAAAAUCAGAUCAAGCCGGCAUUCAUAGAGAAGCUGACACAGCAGUUAAAUCUUCGCUCGGAACAGCGUGAGUCUGACACGUAUAUGAUGGCCGAGGAGAUGGUUAGCCCGCUGAUGGUAGUGUUCAAGUACAGUGAAGUGAAUCUGGAGGAGAUUGACAUACCGCCCGAGCUGAAUCUGGACGGAUUGGUUACCAAGAUCUAG